GCAGAAAAUUCAUCUUCGAAUGGUGGGAGGUGCGCUCGCUGCUGGUGCUUGAGUGAGGAGUGGUGGUAAGUGUGGUAUUGCAUUUGGUUCGCCUUCGCAGGGGGUCGGAGGAGGGAGCAGGCCUCUGCUGCUAAGUGGGUGUUGAAAGAGACCGCUGAAUUUUGUUCUGUUGCCCAACUUCAAGGAAUGGCGAAGAAGAAGGGAUCAAUGAGCCUGAAGGACUUCCAUGGUGGAGAAAUCAGGAGCGACUUACCAUUGCCUUCCAAGCCAGGCGUAGGAACGGAGACUAACAUCAAGGCAUCAUUCGGCGGCGACAGGGCCUUUUCCGACCCAAGCCGCGACCGCUUGGUCCCCGCUUACGGCCAUGGCAACUCCCGCGCUGCCCCCCCGCCCGACCGCGGCUACUUUCCUGACUCCUCCACCAUCGGCAAGAACUAUGAGGAAGACGAGCGCAAGCCGGUUGGAGGGGGCAGCGCCAAACGGCCAGAAAAUGCAUUUUCAGGGGGCGCCCCUGCCUACCCGAGCCAUGUGGUGACGGAGCGCUUCCCUCCAUCCGGUGGGGGGUUCUCCUCCCGCCUGGCCGAGCUGCCAAGCACGCCCCCCCCCCAGCAGAACAGCCCCCCGAAAGCGGAGCACCGGCCGAAGCUCACCUUGACGCCACGGAGCAAGCCGCUGGAGGACGACAGCACCGCUGACGUCAGCAUCACGCCCGGGGCGCAGGUGCUGACGAUUGAGAGGAACGCGUUCAAGGAGAGCGGGGAUGCACGGCCAAAGACGGGGGGAGACGAGGGGCGGGGUGGCGGGGAGGGCGGGGACGAAGAGCGGCCGAAAGAGCGCCCGAAACUGAACCUGAAACCGAGGUCGCAGGAGGUCGGGGCCGCGCAGGAGGGGGAGCAGAGCAGGCCUGGGGUGUUUGGGGGUGCCCGGCCGCGCGAUGUGGUUUUGAAGGAGCGUGGAGUUGACGAGGCAACUAUCGUUGGUGUUGUGGACAAGCGACCUGUGGACAGUCCAAAGCCGGAGCCCUCCCCAGCUCGAGUUGCAAGCCCUGACAAGCAGAAGUGGGGCAAGCUCGGCGAAGAGCCCCGGGAGGACCGGUACGUCAGGCCCGAGGCUCAGCGGUACGUACCCGAGGCUCAGCGGCGCCCCGGGGGCGACCUCCGGGAGAACGGCCCGACCCGGAACGGCUGGAGAGAUGGCUCAGAACGACCGGGACUGCAAGAUGGAGGGGCGUUCCGGGGAUCCCCGAACGGCAAGCCUGAGGGGGGUUUCGAGAGGCAGGGCAACGGGGGGGGGUUCGAGCGACAGGGCAGCGGAGGGUUUGCUCGAGCCGCGAGCUUCGGAGACAACCGGGGGGGCGCUCAGUGGCGCCAGGCGAAGCCCGCGUCCCCACCGAUCCGUUCGGCGCUUAUCGACGCCUCUGCGAAGAAGGAUCCGUGGGAAGCGCCUUUGACGUCGCUCCAGCUUGCGGAAGCUUUCUCGCGGUCGACCAGUUUCGGGUCGGGGGGGCAGGGCAGGGGGCCCGGAGCUUCCCCCUGGGGUGGCCCGAACAAGGCGCCCGCUGGUGAGGGAUCCCUGGGGAGGAGGCCAGACCGGGGCGGCGGUUUUGGCCGGGGGCCAGCAAAUUUUGGCGGACGAGGGGGCUAUUCAAGUGGGCGUGGCAGUGCAGGGUUCGGGGGACCCGGGAGGGAUGGAUAUCGGAGGGCUGAGAAUGAGUAUCGGGGGCCUCCCAGGUCGCAGGUGUAUCAGGAUGACGAGAGGGGCUGAGAGGAAAGUGCGCCAAGCAGAAGCAGUCGUGAUUGCUUUUGCUUUGCCGGAAGCCGCAGGUCAGGGACGAAGUUUCAGACCAGGUAUGAUUGGUGAGGUCAAGAUUGGUUUGCAUGUUGUAGGAAGUCAGCCUAGACGAAUGGUACUUGAAUGACACAAUUAAUUCCUUGGUGACUGUCUGGUGAUUGACAAGCAGGUGGCCUGCGGUGACGUUGUCCUAGAGUCCACAAGAGAGUCCACAGAUGCUGAGCUAAUCGCAAUUUGCAGUGCAGCCCUAGGGCCUGCAUGACCAGGUUGACAAGUUGUAGGUCAGAGACAUGCAGACAACAAGUUAGGGACGUUGACACUGUAUGAGAUCUAGGUUUGGUUAGGAAGCUUGAUGCACGAGUACUAAGCCAGUGCACAGUGCCAAUCAUGCUAUCAUGCAUGGAUGAUUCUUAAGUUUCACAACGAUUCAGCGAGUACCGG